UUCUUGAAGAACAGCCCGUUUGACAAGGUGCGUUUGUGUUUUAGGCUAACAGUCGGAGGAGCUGCAGACGGCUAUGGCACGGAAAAAGAAGGACUGGUCCCAUUGGUUCCUACGGGUCUAAAGAUACGACUCCGACUUCCAUAUUCUACGAUGCAAAUAUUUAGUGCGAAGGUAGAGCACCAGUUGGCGUGUAGGAGGCAUCGAUUUAUGAAAUGCAUUCUCACACAUGAAGGUCGAAUGUAAGAUUACUUCCCUGUGGCCAAAUGUUCUUCUCAAAUUCCCCUCUCGGCUCGCUGCGAAGUUCAACUUUCGGCAUGACGCUGACGAUUAACGGUCAAACGAAGCGGCAAAGAAGGUUCAACUGAAAUCCCAAGAAUCUUCACGUCUACAGCAAUGGGAAACCGCAUUAUAUUUUCCGAUAGAUAGACAACGCCAAUCGGUCAACUGGCGACUAGAUUUUAGUAGUCUCGUCUCUGUAUUUCCUGCAAGACUUUCUUCUCAGUCUGAAUAACAACCAAAAGGCGCAGAAAUCUGAUUACCGAAGGAUUGUCGGAAGGAAAAAAUACGAAUGUGUGGCAUUAAGUGGCAAGGACAUUUUUUUCAUACUUUUUCUGUGAGAUGACAUCACGCGCGAGGACUUGAACCCUCUUCUGUUACAAUGUUGCGGAAUAUGAUUUAAGGAGCCCUACCUGUGCCCCCUGGCGUGAUGAAUUAAAGACAUUUUGUUGGCUGUCAUGAAGUUACUGUCAUUGUAUGUCGCGAUAUCCCACAGAAGGAGAAAGGAAUGCUUUCUGCACUUUUCGCAGUUGUUGCCAAGUGAUGCGCGAUGUUCACUAACACCCCAAAAGGAGCAACACUGUAGAUAACUUUUGCACUAUGGAUUCCCGGAUCCUUUCAGCUAGAAAUAGAGGUCGCACUUCUUCGGGGACUUAACCAAGUUUUUUUUUUUUUUUUAAAUAUUCUUUCUUAUUACAUAUGAUUUAUUGUUUCUUGCAAUAGCCGUUUAAUGACUUUUAGAUAAAGCAUACGACGAAAGGGGGAAUAUAAAAGGACUAAUAAAGAAGAAGAACUAUCCGAUGCACCUGAUCUCUCUCAUCCUUUUCCUCUCCUCGAGUUAAACAAAUCCCGUUGGCUCUUAUGGGAUUGAAACACUCCUCCCGCUGUAUGCUCCUACGGAGAAAAAUGGCGGAGACUGAAAACCCAGAGCCACCAAUCAGCGUCGCCCCCUCCCAGUCCGUGCAGCCUGCCCCCCUGCCGAAGCCUGUGCCGUCCGUCCACCAUGUGCCACUCACCCCCCACACGCCCCACCCCGCCGCCCUUCCCAGCUGCCCCGGACGCGGGAAGAUGGCCAAGUUCCUCAACCCCGAGGAGAUGACCUCCAGGGACUACUACUUCGACUCCUACGCCCACUUCGGCAUCCACGAGGAGAUGCUGAAGGACGAGGUGAGGACGCUCACCUACAGGAACUCCAUGUACCACAACAAGCACGUCUUCAAGGACAAGAUUGUCCUGGAUGUGGGCAGCGGGACCGGCAUUCUCUCCAUGUUCGCGGCCAAAGCGGGAGCCAGGCACGUGUACGGGAUUGAGUGCUCCAGUAUAUCGGAAUACUCAGAGAAGAUCAUCAAGUCCAACCACCUGGACAAUGUCAUCACCAUCUUCAAAGGCAAGGUGGAGGAGGUGGAGCUGCCGGUGGAGCAGGUGGACAUCAUCAUCUCCGAGUGGAUGGGCUAUUGCCUCUUCUACGAGUCCAUGCUGAACACCGUCAUCUUUGCCAGGGACAAAUGGCUGAAACCGGGGGGGUUGAUGUUUCCAGAUCGGGCUGCCCUGUAUGUGGUGGCCAUCGAGGACAGGCAGUACAAGGACUUUAAAAUACACUGGUGGGAAAACGUAUACGGCUUUGACAUGACUUGCAUUCGGAACGUGGCCAUGAAGGAGCCGCUGGUGGACAUUGUGGACCCUAAGCAGGUGGUGACCAACUCCUGCUUAAUAAAGGAAGUGGACAUCUACACGGUCAAGACGGAAGACCUCUCCUUCACCUCCGCCUUCUGCCUUCAGAUCCAGCGCAAUGACUACGUCCACGCUCUGGUCACCUACUUCAACAUCGAGUUCACCAAAUGUCACAAGAAGACGGGCUUCUCUACAGCUCCUGAUGCUCCAUACACACACUGGAAGCAGACGGUGUUCUACCUGGAGGACUACCUGACCGUCCGCAGGGGGGAGGAGAUUUUUGGCAGCAUCGCCAUGAAGCCCAAUGAGAAGAACAACCGUGAUCUGGACUUCACCGUCGAGCUGGACUUCAAAGGGCAGCUGUGCGAGGCGGCCAUCUCCCACGACUACAAGAUGCGCUAAGCGUCCAGCGGAGGGCGACGUGGAGCCAGUGACUCCCUGAAAGGGGGGGGGAGCAGAGGGGCGCCUCGCCGUCAUCAGGCUCUAAUGAACGAGAGAUGAGCCCCGAUUGGAGGACAGGGGUCAUCUGCGUGAUGUCAUCAGCGCAGGGUGGCACCCAAAGUAAUGAUGCCGGUGCCUGCCAGACCAUCGCUAGCCAGAACCCCCAGACAGCCCGGAGUGCAACUGGGAAUAUGACACUCCAAGAUUCCAGAAUGUUCAUUUUUGUUAUGAAUGUUGUUAGUGAUAGUGAUAAUUUGAGAAGACAAAUGAUAACGAGACAGGUUGACUGGUCUGUGGUGGUCGUAUAUCUUUGAAAAUUAAUUUGUACACAGGAGGACACUGUCCUGUAUUUAUAUUGUAAAAAGAAAGCUUCCAUAUGUUGCCCCCUGCACCACACCAUGUUAUGUACCUGAUAGUGCAAGGACUGUUACUUACCUUAAGGAUAAUUAACUGUUAGUAAAGUAAUAAAUACCAGGGAGCAUACUGGUCCCAAUCAAAAAUAAAAUAUUUUGACAUUUUGAAUGUCAACAAUUCAAAAUAAGCUUAUGUUGUAAGUUAGUAUUUGAUAUUAGUGUUCAUUUGCACGCUUGGUCCUUUAUUCUCCUUUAAGUCAGUGUCAGAAUUCUUCAUUUGCCGGUAUUAUAUGUUUAAUUAUACAUUCAGGACAGAGAACAUUAUUUUUAUCAGUAAAGCAAGAAGAAAAUAAGCUUGGAAAGCACUUUUUUCA